CGCGCCCGGAGGGGGAGGAGGAAAAAAGGGACCAUAGACUUUUACCUGGGCCUAGAACGUCUCUUAAAGUAGUGGGGAGAGGCAGGCGGGCGGGUGGGGACCACCUUCAGAGCUGGCCGCCGGCGGUAUCAUGGCGACCCGGAACCCCCCUCCCCAAGAGUAUGAAAGCGAUGACGAGUCUUACGAAGUGUUGGAUUUAACUGACUAUGCAAGAAGACACCAUUGGUGGAAUCGAGUGUUUGGCCACAGUUCCGGACCUAUGGUUGAAAAGUACUCAGUGGCCACCCAGAUUGUAAUGGGUGGGGUGACUGGCUGGUGUGCGGGAUUUUUGUUCCAGAAGGUCGGAAAGCUUGCAGCCACCGCUGUAGGCGGUGGCUUUCUUCUUCUUCAGAUUGCCAGUCACAGUGGCUAUGUGCAGAUUGACUGGAAGAGAGUUGAAAAAGAUGUAAACAAAGCGAAAAGACAGAUUAAGAAACGAGCAAAUAAGGCAGCACCUGAAAUCAACAAUAUAAUCGAAGAAGCAACAGAGUUUAUCAAACAGAACAUUGUGAUAUCCAGCGGAUUUGUGGGAGGCUUUUUGCUAGGCCUUGCAUCCUAAGGAGAUGAAUGUUCUAGCACAGCGGAGUCACCUUUAAGAAGAGAACGGUGGCCACAAGGUGGUCUGUCAACACGAGACCCCAUCAGAUUGUCCAGGGCAGCAAGAAACAACUGGGUGCACACUGCCAGACUCAAGACUUAGUGUUUGGCCAUUGAUGUUUGGCAGACCAGCAUCGGCUGUGAAAAAACAACCCCUAUGGCAUGUGUACGGUAGUAUUCCUGAGCAAAACAUGGCUUUCGUUUAUUUUUUGAAAAUUUGCGUUUGUUUUUAAAUUAGCCUAUAAAAUACCGGCCUUGGAUGCAGACCGCUCGAGAAAAAACAACGUGUCGGAUAGAUGCCCCAGUGCAAUGCCAUCCUCCUUUCGUUUAAGUAAGAGGGUACUCAUUCUGCUUUGUGGUGUAGUGCCAGUAAUUAAAACUGUGUAUCGUAGCCUCAACAUCAAGCUUGGCUUUUUUCUUUUUAAAGAUACGUUUGCAGUAAACGGAAAAAACUGUAAAGCCCUUUCGUGGAAGGAUGUAGAAGUGAUAGCAUUAUUAAAGAUAUUAAACAGAUUUAAUACCAA